AUGAUCGAAAGGCAAUGGGGUUUCCUUUGUCUGUGGGUUUCUACGGUAACCUUUGUUGGCAGCCAUCCCGAUUCGAAUGUGAACUAUUUUCAAAUAUUGAAAUAUCCAACUGAGUUGGGUGAAUAUGAAUUUAAUAACAAUGCGGUUUUGGGAUUGUGUGGGGAAAAUGGACAGGGAAAUGAUGAUGGCGCUGAGACACAAAGUCCAGUGGAGUUUUAUGCAACUGACCCCAGCGGGGCAAACUUCCAAGCCCAACAUCAUCAGCUAAAACCCUGUGUCAAAGUGAAAUAUUUUGCAGAACAACAGCAACAACCAGAAAUACCAACAACAUUGCAUCCGAAACGAACGACACCCAGUACUUCUGUACAAAGGUCACUGCGUGUUUAUAUCAAAGGAGAACAUCCGGAGGACCAGGAACAAUCAUUUAAUAUACUGGAACAACUUAAGCUGGAUGAAAAAAGGCAGCAACAAGAACAACAAAAGUUUCUAUUACUCAGCCAACAACAACAACAACUAUCAUUUGGACAACAGCAACAUGAUUUACCAGCAGAAUCCUGGGAAGAAGACACCGAAGUCAACGAAAACCAAGAAAAGGCCAGUAAAAAGAAGAAGAAGAAAAAGAAAAAAAAGAAGAAGAAGAAAAAGAAGAAACCCUCGAAAGGGACAAAGGACAAAAAGAAAAAGAAACCCAAGAAAAAGAAACAAAAAAAUAAGAAACCCCAAAAUAAACCAACAUUGGUGGGACAACCGGCACAUGUUAUUUUUGCCAGUCUGUCCCAAAAACCUCAAUUCCAGCACCCUGCAGCCCACACACAUCACACAUCCUCCACGGAGGAACACCAUCAUGGAUCCUUGGCCAAACCCCUGCCGUUGACAACAGCCAAGCCACAUCAUCAUCACCAUCAACACCACUUGGCACCCGUCAAGAAGAAAAUCAAAUACCUUCUGCGUAAGAACACCAUUUUCAAGAAAAAGAAAAAAGAAUAUCUCCAUCACUUGAAACACGUUCUCUAUCCCUUUGUGAAAUUCAUCGCAUUCUUUACCAUCCUUAACCCCUUCACCUUGGCCGUUUUCCUUUUCUCGCUCGUUUCCCCAGUGGUGUUUGGUUUUAUCGGCUUCCUUGGUCUGAGUUUUCUUAUCAAACCGGCUCUCAGCUUACUGUUUGGUGUUAAGCGUACCAUCGGUUCGAUUAAUCGCCGGCGAUUGCGGGAGAAACGUAAACGAGACCGCCUGCGUCUCAGUCGGCGACCCAUAACCAUUCACAAACACUAUUAUCAACAAACACGUCUACCGCCGCCGCCACCUCAUCAUCAGAGUCGUCCCCACCAUCAUCAGCUGUGGCGACCACAUCAACGUCAGCAACAACAACAACAACAUCUUCGUCACCGCAAACCGAAACCUUUUAAUCCUUUAUUGCCCCAUCUAAAACAUAAAUUGAAAAAGGAGCCAUUCGAUAUUGAGCCAAAUUUUCUACGCUAAGAAAAGGAAAUGAAUACCCAGCGACGAGAUAUUGGGGUGGAACGAAUCAAAUGUAAAAAUUGUGUGUAAAUAUGUAUUUAUUUAAGGUCAUAUGAA